AGUGGGCAGCGCCCGCGUGGGCGGCGCCCCCAGCAGACGGUCGUGACCGACCGAGGGCAGCGCCUGCGUGGGCGGCGCCCCCGAGAAGAUGAUGCGCUACGCUUUGCUGGUGGCGCUCGUCCGGGCGAGCAGCCACUGGCUCGACGCCUACGAGCAGCGGGGCUACUUCGUGCUGCCGCGCGUCUUCUCGGGCGCGCGGCUGAUGCACCUGCGGGCCGCGGUCGCGCGGUACCUCCGCGACCACGGGAAGGAUCAUGAGUACAUGAUGCGCGGCGAGAAGCUGGGCGGCUGGUGCGCGUCAGUGCAUAAAUCAAGUCGUCGCGUCUCCGCGCGGCCGUGUUAUCGCGGAGACACACAGGUUCGUGCCCGGCAUCGAGCGCAUCGACCAAUUAAAAAUCUUCGAGGCCGAGGUCGCGAGGGACGAGCGGCUGGCGAGGAUAUUAAGAAGAAUACUGGGAGACGACUUUAAGCUCCUGGAACGGAGCGAGAUCUACGUGUCGAGGAUCGGCAACUGGCACUCCGACGACUUGUACGACGCCUUUGAUUUGUACGCGACAUCAUUACCGUACGUCGCCGAGGAGUGGUGCCCGCCGACGGGCCCGAAGAGGCCGCCGCCCCUCGCGAAGCCCAACACGCGCGCCGCCCCGCCGAAGGACGACGACGAGCUCUGCGCGCAGGGCAUGGAGUAUGGCUUCGGGAAGGCGACGACGUUCUGGGCGGGCGAAGGCACCGCCCACGAGCGGCGGGUGACGACGGUCGCCGUCUACCUCGAGGACCACGCCGACAACGAGGGCGGGCUGUCCGUGGCGCCCGGGAGCCACCGGAACGCGAGCGUGCACGGCGACACCGUCGCGCGAUUGGAUCCGUGGAGCCCGUCGCACCGGCCCGAGGCCGAGACGCCCUUCGAUUUGAUACGGAGCGGCGCGGGCGACGCCGUCGUCUUCGACUCGCGGCUGGUGCACCGGGGCCCGCGCGACGACGUCGCCGACUUCAAGCGGGAGCUGAGCCGGUCGAGGCGGACGGUGGCGACCUGUGUGGAAACCAACCAGUGCGUCGGGUGCACCCGACAAUUCUUCACUAAGUCAUUCCUCGGCGAUGACGCUGCCGUGCUGGCUCCGUCGAGCGGUGAGGAACCGGCACCGCCACGCCAUCGAGCACGCGCAACGCGCCGUAAAAUUUUGAUUUCCACACAGGUGGCGACAUUUUCGUUCGGGCGGAACAACGCAGUGUCCGAGGCUGUGUGGAAAUCAACCAGUGCGUCGGGUGCAAUUCUUCACUAAGUCAUUUCCCGGCGAUGACGCGGCCAUCCUGGCUCGGUCGAGCGGUGAGGAACCGGCAUCACCACGCCAUCGAGCAGGCGGCGCGUCGAUGGCGUGGAGGUCGACGCGAAGAUUCAGCACGAACGCGCCGUAAAAUUUUGAUUUCCACACACAGGUCCGAGGCCUUCUCGCGGGGCAUGCGCUUCCGCACGGACAUGCUCUUCAACGGCAGCAUCUGCGGCGCGCAGCGCGACAAGAAUGGGGAUCCGGACUUCGGCGCGCCGUGCGCGUUCGACGCCGUCCGCGAGGACCUGGCGCGGCGGCCGCUGCGGGGCGUGCCGGACGGGAGGCCGUUCCUCGAGGCCCGCCGGGACCUGGCUCGGAGGCGAUGA